GCAAACUCAGCGAAAUUAGUGAAAGAAAUUUUAAGAUUUCGCAAUUAAGUAGAAAAGCGAAAAAUCAUAAGUAAACAAGCGUUUCUCAAAGGCAGCAACAGAAAAAGCGUUCGCUGUCUGCUUAAUUCUGGCGUUCGCGCUGUUUCCAUGUCGCUCAUAAGCUCAUAGCGCGUACGCGAAAUCAGUCGAACUAAAAUUUAGUAUUUGACUUUCGUUAGCACCGCGCGCGCGCGCGCUCUACUUGCCUUCGCUUCACAAUUUUAGUUCAACUACUGCGCGCAGUGUUUGUGUUUACAGUAAGCUUAUCAAAGCCAUAAAUUGCAGCUUAUCAUUAUUGUUCUAGAAUAAAGAAUUUUUAUAUUUAUGUCUGCGAAAGGUAACAAUGAGCAUUUUAUUAUGCCAUCAUUUAGAUAAAUACUAGAGGCACACAAAUUUCGCAACCGCGACGCGCCGCGCCGCGAACGUUUAUAGCAAUAAGUGAAAAACUUCACCGAAAAAGCCAAAAAGUAGCAGCCAAAAACAAUGCGCCGCUUAUCAGCUGCCCUCACCGCCUACUUAACAACUUAGCCAUGUCAGUGUUGCGACAGUGAGCUCCACAGCUAUACACGCGCGCAAGAUCGUCAAUUGCUCCCCCCCCCCGAAAUGCCUACCGAAAACACAUUGCUGGAGGAGCGCGCUGGCGGCGGAUCCAUCUCCAUGGUACGCCCUACGCGCCUGGAACAAUUUUUGCAAGCGCCUGGUGCAGGCGGUGCCUCCGAACAACGCAGCGCUUCCAACGGUCGUGUACCCAGUGGCGCUGCAGCCGCCGCUGCAGCUGCGGCCGCGUACGAAACACAACUCGCUUACCAGCAUCAUUUGGUAGCGGCGGGUUUGAUGAGCGCUACUGGUGGCGCCACCAAUGCGCAGACUGCGCAUUCUGCCUUCGUACCGGUGUUGCCCUCGCGAAAUGCUUUGCGCGCACAAGGCGCUGCCGCCAUCUAUGGUGGCAUGCUCGAUGCCGCUGAGGUGGCGAAGGAGGCGAGCAAGCGCCAUGGCAGCAAUUCCAAUUUUGAGAUCAUUUCCAUGAUGGCGGAUAAGCGCAAGGAGUUGGCUUUGCGGGAGGCAGCUGCUGCUGCGAUGUUGAUGCAACGACCGCCUGGGCAGGGACCGCCACCGGGUGUACCGACGGCUGUAAUGUAUCCACCACCGCCACCGCCGUAUUUGGGCGGUCCGGGACCGUCACCAACCGGCGCUGGCACCUUUGCAUUUCCCUCGGCGGCUGCAACAGCGGCGCUCUUUCCUGCUGGGCUACCACCAUCAAUGCAUGCCGGGCUGGAUCGUCGUUUACUGCGCGCACCGGGACGUGCAUCGCGUCCAAAGAAACAGUUUAUUUGCAAAUUUUGCAAUCGUCAAUUCACCAAGUCCUACAAUCUGCUCAUACACGAGCGCACGCACACCGAUGAGCGGCCGUACUCGUGCGACAUCUGUGGUAAGGCAUUCCGCCGGCAGGAUCAUUUGCGCGAUCACAGAUAUAUACACUCCAAGGAGAAGCCAUUCAAAUGCACCGAAUGCGGCAAAGGUUUCUGCCAGUCGCGUACGCUGGCCGUUCACAAGAUCCUACACAUGGAAGAAUCGCCACACAAGUGUCCCGUUUGCAGUCGCAGCUUCAAUCAGCGCUCCAAUUUGAAAACGCACCUGCUCACGCACACCGAUCACAAGCCCUACGAGUGCUCUUCCUGCGGCAAAGUCUUUCGCCGUAAUUGUGAUCUGCGUCGUCAUGCGCUCACGCACGCCGUCGGUGAUGUGCCUUCCGAGUAUGUAGAUGUGGGCGAGGAAGAUGAGGGCCGACACCUGAGCGGUGAUGAAGAGGAUACUUUGUUGGAAGUAGAUUCACCACGACAAUCACCGAUACAUCGAUUGCAUAGCAGCACACCAACGCAUGCGCUCGACGAUGGCAGCGCAGCGGAUGCAGAGACGGCAAGUGAAAAUGCGCGCGCAGCUGCACGUAUGCGCCUAAAGCGCAAAGCCUGUUACGAUGCGGCGGAAAUCUCAGAUGAGUCAGACGAAGAGUUAGACGAAGAUGAUGAAUUGGAUGAGACCGAACUGGAGGAUGCAGAGCUGGACGACGAAGAGGAUGAAGUGCAAGCGGAACGCAAUAAUCCGAACGAAGGUUUGCUGGAGCCCAGACCUACUGGGCAGGGUGUGACGCAUUGCCAUCAUGAAGGUGGUGAAACGUAUACAAUGCGUCCAACACACGAAAUGCGUGAUUCAUACGAUCCCAUACAGGCGGCUAACUCACCGCACGCAUUAUGCGCGCCACCACCACCCGGUUCCGCUUUCAUGCCGUCGUCACCAAGCGCGCGCUACAAUCCGAUGCGCGCGCUACCUGGCGCCGGCGAGUCCAUACAUUCGCCGUCAACAUCGAAUGGACCGGAACCUUACAUACCAAUGUUGCACGUACGCAGAGAUCUCCAUCCUAAAGCGCUGCUCUUGGUAGGCGCUGAAAUGAAGGGCGGCGCUAGUAUGUUGCCGCCUGGUGUGAUGGUAGCAACGGCAGCGGCAGGCACACCGCCACCACCACAACAACCACUGCCACCACCACCGCUAGCUGCGCCCGCAAUCGCGCUACCGCCUGGCCCAACAGGCGCCCCACCAGCAGUAGUGCAGCCGUCGCCGCCGCCCUUGCCGCCGCUUGUCGAACCCGGAAAGAAUUUACAGCAGCCGCUACAUUCACCGCUCGAGUCAAUGCCCAGUUUUCUUGGCUCCAUACCCAUACGAAAGCGCAUUGUGGGCCUCGAGCAAAUGGUAGAUGCGCAACGCGCUUACAGCGUAACAACUAAUGCCGGCUUGUUGGCGCUCAACAUGUCACGUUCGCAUGCCGCCAUGAAAGGGCUGCCGCUACCGCCACCGCCGCAUGCACAACCUCCACCUACACACACGCUACUGCCCAGCAAGGCAUAUCUGGCCAGUCAACCGCCGCUGUUAGGGGAGAAAUCUGUGGGAAAUGGCGCCGGCGGCGAUGCUACGAACAACGCGCCCACAGACGUCUUAACGCAUAGGGGCAGAGAAAACGCAGGUGCUGGCGGCACGUCAGCAGUAGGGGCGUCUCACUUGCCGAGUGGCAGCGGUGAACGGCAUUUUUUGCUGCCGCCAGCCAGCGCAGUGAAUUUGAAUACUCAGGAGUCUUUAGCUGGUGGCAGUGGUGCGCGUUCAAUAAUAUCGGCAGCGUCUGCAACGAUAACAACGCGACAACAACAACAGCCGGCGCCGCAGCCGCAGCAGCAGCAACCACCAGCUCCUACGCGUCGCACUGGUUUCAGCAUAGAGGAUAUUAUGCGGCGCUGAAUUGACUACGAUUGAGAUCACAUGUUCUCCUUGGUUCAGGACAGUGGUUGUUUCCUAUGAUUUACUUGCUUUUUCAUGCAGUUCUUGCAUUUUGCAAUGAUUUCUCUAAGAAAAAUAAUAUAUUUGACUAAGAAGUAGCUUAAAAUUGAAUUGAAAAUCCUCAAGUGCCUUCUCAUGUAUUGAUGUACACAUGUAUGUAUGUAUACUUAUUCUAGUGUCUUAAAGCUAAUCGUAUACAUGUUUAUUUGUACGAGUUUACUAUACUAUGUACUUUCAGUUAAGAUUUCUAUAAAACUUAAUUAAAAUUUAAAUUAUAUAGCCCAUAAUGUAAAUAUAAGUUCAAUAUCAUCGUGAGAUAUGUAUGUAUGUUGUAUACCUAUUUGCCGGGCACUUAGUGCUCUAUUAAAAUGAUUUCAAUAUUUUUAACAUAAAUACUACGUAACUAUAUAUAAUAUUAUGAUAAUUGGCAAAGGAUAUCUGAAUAUAAAUUUGAAAGAAAUUAACGCCGGCAUGAGUGGCUUAUUUGUUAUGUAAUAAUUUAGAUACACUUUUAUGGCAGUGGAUCUCUAAAUGAUGAGCAAAAGACAACUUCAUUUCACUCUUUAGACCGGUGAUGGGCACUGUCUUGCCCGCGGGCAAAGCUAAACAUUUUAAGCUUUCUAUAAAUUUUGUAUA